CAAAUUAUGUAUAUAUACGCGAAAUGCAUUUGCGCGAGAAGCUAAUAUAUUCCUAUAUCUUUUCGAUUAUAGAAAAGUUACAAGAUUAAUACACGAAAUGCUUUGGAAACUGUUUAUUGAAAUUAUUAUCUUUUAUAUAAUGACUAUAAAUGUUUCUUACGCUUCUAAUUAUUCCAAGCAUAAUGAUACUUAUGAAUGUAAACUAGGUUCAAAAACUCCUUACAGAUGUGUAGCUAAUUAUGAUGAAUCACAAUUGAAAUAUGCAGAUUGUGUUGAAAAAAAGAUUUGGUUAAUUCUGCGUCAUGGGACUCGUUACCCAGGCAAGAAAUAUAUACCUCGUAUGAUAAAUGAGUUACCACAACUGCAACGUAUAAUAUUAGAAAAUUAUGAAAACAAUAUAACAAGUCUGUCAUCUGAUGAUGCAGCUUUGUUUAAGAAAUGGAAACUGUCGCUUACUCAAAGGAACAUGAUGAAAUUGACAGCAGAAGGAGAGAAUGAAAUGAUUGAUCUUGGAGAAAGAUAUCAGGCAAGAUUUCCAUCUCUGAUGCCGGAAACUUACAACAAUCAGACCUAUAAAUUCAGAUAUACUUCCACUCAACGUACAGAGGAGAGCGCGAAGCACUUUGCUGUUGGUUUAUUUGGUUGGCAUAAUAGUAAAAAUAUUUGGUAUCCAGCACCGAUAUAUCGAGAUCCAGUUAUAAGAUUUUACAAGGCUUGUCCUCGUUGGCGCCAAGAAGUUGAUAAGAAUUCAAAUGCAAGAUUAGAAAAAACGAAAUUUUUGGAUAGCAAAAUUGUUAAAGAUAUGUUAAAUAAUAUUAAAGAGCGUAUUGGUUACAAUAUCGAUUAUGAAACCGCACAUUUAAUGCAUACUAUGUGUGCCUUUGAAACUGCUUGGAAUCAGAGUAUGGUAUCUCCUUGGUGUAAAAUAUUUUCAUUGAAUGAUUUCACAAUCUUUGAAUAUGCAGAAGAUUUAGAAUUCUAUUGGAUUGAUGGAUAUGGUUAUCCAUUAACUUAUGAGCAAGCAUGUCCUGCCUUAAAAGAUAUGUUUAAUUUUUUUGGAUCUACAGAAGAGGCAACAACAACAGCUUAUUUUACACAUUCUGGAACAAUUCUGAAAUUAUUGGCUUUACUUGGAGUAGCCAAAGACCUACAUCCUUUGAUGCACGAUUCUUUCACACUGCACCAAGAAGAUAACAGAGCUUGGAGAAGCAGUAUUAUUGAUGUAUUUGCAUCUAACAUAGCAUUUAUUUUAUACGAUUGCGCAUCUCAAGGUCCUAGUAUUCUAUUCAUGCUUCAGGAACGACCGGUGUAUUUGUCAGGCUGUCCAAAUGAUAUGCCAUGUCCGAUAUCUAUUAUGAAAGCGGCAUAUCCAGAUCGCGACGAAGAAUGUCAAUUUGAUGUUAUGUGUCAUAUAACAAGACAAAAUAAUUGAUCAAAAGUAAUAUUUUUACAACAGAUGUUAUAUACGUAUUCUUUUUUAUUUACUUUGAGGAUAGAAUAUUUAUUUUAUUUUUUAUAUUUGAAUUUACACUAAUAUUAAUUUGUACCUGAUAUUUCGACGCGUUUGUUGUCUCAAGAAAAAUAUAUGUAUUUACAUAAAUAACAA